GGCUCCCGUUGCUCACCCCACUUCCUCCCCUGCCCGGAGUAGCCAUGGCGGCCAUGAGCCUGCUGCAGCGGGCUUCGGUUGCCGCGCUGACAGCGCUGUCUGGCCGCCGUGCUGGCACCAGGCUCGGAGUCGGGAGUUUUCUCACACGGAGCUUCCCGAAGACUGUCGCUCCUGUGCGGCACAGUGGGGACCAUGGCAAGAAAAUGUUCGUCAUCAAAGCUUCUUCAUACUAUGAAGAUCGCUUCUUGAGGUUAUUGAGGUUCUACAUUUUGUUGACUGGGAUUCCAGUUGCAAUUGGCAUAACGCUGGUGAACAUAUUUAUUGGUGAAGCUGAACUUGCAGAAAUCCCAGAAGGCUACAUCCCAGAACACUGGGAGUAUUACAAGCAUCCAAUCAUCAAGCUCUAGGUUCAAUGGCAGACU